CGCUGUCAACUUCGGAACUAUAUUCCGGGUAGCAUUCGGAGAAAAACGCAAUGAGUAAUUGUUUAAAAAAAUAUAUUUCACGAGAACGAUAAAGAGAUGACGUGGCAGCGAGAGACGGCGUUAUUCGUGUUAAGAUAAACUCGUCGAAGUUUUGCUAGCUGCUCACAAAGACACCCGGAAAGUUAGCAACACUCGUCUUAGAAGACAUCGUGUGGAAAUGUGUCAAAGUACAAAUACCGAGAGCGUUGGUGAACCAGCGACUAAUUGUUGAAGAAAUACUUGAAGUUGUGAAAGAAGGAUAGCAGAGUACGAGGAGGAACUUUGUAGAACAAAAGACAAAGAGCGACGACAUCAACUACUGGACGUUGUUUUCAAGAAGCCUCAAGUUGUGUUACACAGAGCAGCUCCCACGGUCGGUAAAGAAGCAGCUGGAUGGAGCACAUGAAAGAGGAGGAUGAGUUUCCACACGUCUUCCACAUUAAAGAAGAAGAGGAAGAUCACAGCAUCAGUCAGGAGGGAGAGCAUCUCAAAGGACUGGAGGAGUUUGCGGUGAUUGUUGUCCCUGUGAAGAGUGAAGAUGAGGAGGAGAGAGAGGCUGAGCCCUCGACAGAAGCCGAUGCGGACCACUGUGGGGGAUCACAAGCGCACAGCCUCUUCGCUCCGCUAUCAGAUAGCGACGACAUAACAUCACACUCUCCUGACACGGAUGACGAUGACUCUGAAGCCGGCAACGCACGCUUUAAAUGCUCUCAAUGUGACAAAUGUUUUUCUCAAAAGGGAAAUCUGAAGAAGCACCUAAGACAUCACACUGGAGAGAAACCUUUCACCUGCUCGGUGUGCAGUAAAAGAUUCUCGGACCAAUCAAAUUUGAAAGCACACACGAGAAUUCAUACCGGAGAGAAACCUUUUCCUUGUACAGUGUGCGGUAAAAGAUUUGUCCGACAAGGCGAUCUAAAAACCCACGCAAGGACACACACUGGGGAGAAAGCUUUUACUUGCACGGUGUGUGGGGUGAGAUUCUCCCAUAAAAAUAGUUUAAAAAGACACGCGAUAAAAAUACACCCCGGAGGGAAACUUUUCCCUUGUGUGGUCUGCGGUAAACAAUUUUCUCAAAAAUGUGGUUUAAAAACACACACAAGAACACACGCUGGGGAUAAACGUUUUCCUUGUGUGGUGUGCGGUAAAGGGUUCAAUUUUCCGGCUCAUUUAAAUAGACACAAAAUGAUCCACACCAAAGAGAAGCCUUUUUCCUGCUCCAUUUGUGGGAAAGAAUACAAUCGUCAAGGUCAUUUAAAAAGACACGCCAGAGUGCACACUGGAGAGAAACCUUUCUCCUGCUCAGUUUGCGGUAAAAGCUUCUCUCGGGAAAAGUCUUGGAUCAGCCACACAAGAACACACACUUGAGACCUAACACGCAAGCAUCCACACUGGGGAGAAAAAGGACUGUUUUAUGAACAAAAACUUAAUACCAGGAUGAUAUACCAUAAAUACCACAAUCAUAUAUAUAUAUUUGUAUGUAUCAACAGCUCCAAAGUCUAAAUAUAGCACACUAUUUGCCCAGUAGUCGCACAACAUACAGUAUGAAACUCUAACCGCGUUUUUACAGUCAUGAAGAGUUGCGUUCAAAGACACUAAGUAAUUUCCCUCGAAUUCAGGUAUCUAGUUUAUAUGUAUUUUAUGGGAUUUCCGAGCGUACACAAAUGCAUCAAAAUACAUAAACACACAAUGACGUUGUGGUUUUGGGUGAGUCAGUGAACGCACGUGGCGGUCAUCUGACUUGGACUCGUGACAAUGAGGACGUGUCUUCCCAAGAGGACUACAGACGUGUUUUGUGAGUUGGAAUUUCACUGCUGUUUUGUGUUCGGCCUAAAAUAAAGUUCUAAAAGAGCGAUAGACUCUGUGACUGUGGAGGAAUAACACACUAUGCGUCCGUAAAUCUAUUUUUGACAGCCCUGAUGAGUAAAAUUCUUUGUUUUGAAGCAUGCCUCACCUCUAAGUCAAUCAGCGUGUUUAUCGAUUAAAAUGUACAGAGUCCAACUGUGUUGUUAGUGUUUUUUAUGGCAAAAAAAAUCAAACCAGUCGACGUUUAUCUGCAUUGCCAACAUGGCGACCAAACCGGUGCGCGCUGGUGUACUGCACAACGGUGUGCUACAAACAAUACGCUGGAAAAAGCGAUUUAAAUAGCCACACAAGAGUACACAUUGGAGAGAAACCCUUUUCCUGCUCAGUUUGUGGGCAAAAAUUCAUGAAGAUAUCACAUUUAAAAAUAUACACAUUAAUACACAAUGGUGAGAAACCUUUUUUACAUGACGUAUAUUGAGGAUUUUUUUCUGGACGUGGUGUAUAGUAAGGCAUUUUUUAGCAUUUUUUGGACAUGAUGUAUAGUAAGGCAUUUUUUAGCAUUUUUUGGACAUGAUGUAUAGUAAGGCAUUUUUUUGCAUUUUUUGGACAUGAUGUAUAGUAAGGCAUUUUUUUGCAUUUUUUGGACAUGAUGUAUAGUAAGGCAUUUUUUGCAUUUUUUGGACAUGAUGUAUAGUAAGGCA